CAUCUCACCCCUCUGCUGGCAAGAGGGGAUCUGAUUCAUCCUCUCACUCAACACUCAUUCUACUCAACUGAUUAAGACCCCUCAGAAGAGAAACUGAAACUUCUCUGCCUUUGAACUACAACAGUGAAUGAACAGUCCCUCUCAAUUGAUUCAAAAUGUUUGUCUCACCCAGGAGAUGGAACUCACGAAGGGCUUCUCUGGCCAACGGACAUUCAUAUCUGCAGCCCUCAGCCUGCUAUCACUCAGCCUCUCCACAACAUCCCUGCUCAGCAGCUCCUGGUUUGUGGGCACACAGAAGGUGCCUAAGCCCCUGUGCGGAAAAAGUCUGGCAGCCAAAUGCUUUGACAUGCCAAUGUCCCUGGAGGGCAGCUUCCCCAACGCAUCAACCCCGGAGGUGGUUCAAUACAGCUGGGAGACUGGGGAUGACCGGUUCUCCUUCCUUACCUUCCGGAGUGGCAUGUGGCUAUCCUGUGAGGAAACCAUGGAAGAACCAGGGGAGAGGUGCCGAAGUUUCAUUGAACUCACACCACCAGCCGAGAGAGAGAUCCUCUGGUUAUCACUGGGAGCCCAAAUCACGUACAUUGGCCUUGAGUUCAUCAGCUUCCUCCUGCUCCUGAUGGACUUGCUGCUCACGGGGAACCCUGGCUGUGGGCUUAAGCUGAGCGCCUUUGCAGCCAUUGCCUCYGUUUUGUCAGGCCUUCUGGGGAUGGUGGCCCAUAUGAUGUAUUCCCAAGUCUUCCAGGCAACUGUCAACGUGGGUCCAGAAGACUGGAGACCACAUUCUUGGAAUUAUGGCUGGGCCUUCUACACGGCCUGGGUUUCCUUCACCUGCUGCAUGGCAUCUGCUGUCACCACUUUCAACACAUACACCAGGAUGGUCCUGGAGUUCAAAUGCAGACAUAGUAAGACCUUCAAAGAAAACCCAGGUUGCCUACUCCAUCACCACCGGUGCUUCCCUCAGCAGCAGUCAUGUACAACCCACCCCGGAGGUCCUCCCACAAGCUACCACCAAUACCACAACCAGCCCAUCCACUCCAUCUCCGAAAGUGCUGACUUCUACUCAGCACUACAAGACCAGAGAUUUCAACAAGGGACCAGCCAGGAGCUGAAAGAAGUGGUUGGGUCAUCCAUAGAAGAGCAGUGCUAGUAGUUAAGUGGGUUUGGAGAGCAGGCUGAGCCCAACCUUACACAAUUUGUUCAUUAUAAACAUCAGCUUAAGCCAAA